AUGUGCUACGUGCUCGUCGAUGGCCGUGGACCGAGGUAUUACCUACCUCAAAGACCUCUCUCAAUCAUGAUGAUUUCUAAACCCCCUUUAUCUGACGCCCUCAACUACCUUUCUGACAUAUUCGAGCUCACCAAUGAUCUAAUGACUUACACUAUAUUCUGUAUGAUCGACAUUUGUGGAGCCGAUCUGAAUCAAGCCGACAAGUCGUCCGCUGUACCGCCGUUCAACGAACAUCAUGACCUCAUUUAUCCUUUAUGGUACCACAUGACACUUACGAAGUUUACAACUGUUUUGUUCAUCGGCGUUGCGUUCCUUGGGGCCGCUAUUGUUAAAGGCGACUUUUAUGCCAACUUUUUUGAUGAUACCGCCUGCACUGUCAAUGGAGGCAUUGGCGUAAGUAUCAACAACGAUGGAUGUCUCGCCGAAGCUGGUCGAGGAUCAGUCUACUUUCCCAAUACUGGUAUCGUUGGUCCGGCCAACCAAUACUGUCUAGUCGUCACUGGAAGCAACGGUGACUGCUCCUGUCAAAGUGCUCAUUACGACUUUACGUCUACUGGGUUUUGUCAUGAGUUGAACCCAAGCGACCAAAGUUACAGGAUCAUCCAUCAAUCGUGCGCUGCAAACAAUUGUUAA